CGGCUCUAGUGGCUAAGGCGCGCGAAGGUGUCAGCGUUCCGUGCCAUUAGAACGCGUCGCAGGUCGCCGAAUUGUCAUCAUGUCGCAUUAACGUAACGUGCAGGCGGUGUCGAAUCAAGUCAGCCAGUUCUCACACGGAGACCGGAUGGUGAGGCUGUAAUUGUGCCGCGAUUCACAUGAGCAGCGAGAGAACGAGCCGCGCGACUCUCCCCCUCCGUCCGUGCCGCGAGCAUCAACCCUAUCGCAACCCGUGAGCGCGUCACGUUGCGAUUUCGUCGAAGUGGCUGCAAAAAUCCGAGCCCCUCGCCAUCCGGCCGUCGUUUCUGCCGGAGUCCGGAAACGAGGCAACGUGUGCAGUCGCACUCGCGCGGUGCCACAGACCCGAUGAAGAUCAGUGUGUUGUGUAUCUCGCCGUCACUGCCCCCGUUGAUAUCGUCAUCAUCAUCGUCAUCGCCAUCAUUAUCGUCAUCGUAGUGACAUAUUCUCGGACAGCGAAGAAGGCGCGUGGGCGACGCGGAGUAACCGCGCUCCAUCCUCCUCUCGAAUGUGUGCACCGCGCGCGCCACAGCCUCUCGGGAAGACUUUCUGGACGUCCUCGUCCUCGUCGACAUUAUGUAUUUGUCGACGUGUGUUAUCGUUUAACUGUUAGCGAGUGCUACCAGCGAGCACGAGGCCAGAUCUUCGGAGCAUCAAGAGCGUUCCUCUCCCUUCUCCCUCUGUCUCUCUCCCCCUCCUUCAUCUUUUCUCUCUCUCUUUCUCUCUCUCUCUCUCCCUCUCAUUCUCUCCGUCUUCGUGCUUCUUUCUCUUUUUUUCUCGGGUCGCGUUUCCUGUGCUCUCGCGCUCGUCACGAGUCCACGCAGGUAGGGCGAGCCGAUCCGUUCGGAGAGAGGUGGGAUCGAACGACGAGGAAAGCGAGUCCCGCAGUCUCGAUCGGUGCAGUCCGGCCGUAACACGCAGAAAUCAAGAAGCGAUCGCGCGGUGAGAGAGAGAGGAAGGUAGCCAGCGCGAGGUGGAGGGCGGCGAGGGACUUAGCCCCAUCGGUAUCGCGGGGGAACGCUGCUGGUGCCCAACAUAGGCAGCGGUGGCGGUGGUAGCGAUAACGGCGUUGUCCCGAUUGUUUUAUUCUACCGCUAGCAAGACGUGCAACGUGGAAACAAGUGGAGGCUAUUGGCGUCUUUCUCGUGGGAAACAAGACAGUCGUGCAAGGAAAAAAAAAAACGAAGCGGAGACGGAGAAACGAGAACAAGAGGAAGGACUGCUUCGCUAUAUGUUGCACGCGUUACGUGCCGAUAGAUACGCGCCGCGAGAAAGACAACCGCAGUUGGGAGUGAAAUCGGAGUGCGGAAGCGGAGAACGGACAGACGCAAUAACAACGACGAGGACGAGGUGAUACACGAACGAGACACGAGACGACGGGAACGUGGUUCAACAGGUAGAAGAAGUCGGGAGCGAGUGAACGUGAUUCAAAAUGGCGCUGAACCAAGACGUGGACCAGUUGUCCAAGAGCAACCUCGUCGUCAGAAUUGAUCAGAAUUCCGAGUCUGAUCUGCAGGCGCUGUUCGACACCGUCCUGAAGCCCGACUCCAAGCGGCCGCUACAGGUGCCGCUGCGCAUGCGCAAUCUGCCGGAUUCCUUCUUCAACCCGCCGUCCACCGGCAGCAAGAGCCCGUCGAUCUCGCACUCGCGUGAAAACUCCGCGGAUUCCGCAUUCGGCACCGCUGUUACCGCGACACCGAGCAACGGUGGAGGCAGCGGCGCGCCUAAUGCAGGCACGAACGGCGCCGGCGGCGGCGGCGGCGGCGGCGGCGGCGGCGGUGGCGGCGGCGGUAACGCCGCAGGUGCCGCAGGUACAGGCGGUGGUGCGGGUGCCGGCAGCGGCACAAAUAGCGCCGCAGGUGCGGUCGCAGCAGCAGCCGCUGCUGCAGCGGCAGCCGCCGCCGUAGCUGGCCUCACCGUUGCUCAUCCCCGCGCCCAUAGCAGUCCGGCCUCCCUCCAGCAGACGUAUGCUUCGGCGCAGCAGGCGCCCCAACACGCGCCGCAGCCUCACGCGCGUCACCAUCAUCAUCAAAAGCAGCGCAGCUACGACGUCAUCAGCACGGUCGACGACCUAGGUCCACUGCCGCACGGAUGGGAGCAGGCACGCACCCCUGAGGGCCAGAUCUACUUCCUCAAUCACUUAACGCGCACUACGACAUGGGAAGACCCCCGCAAAACGGCUGCGGCUGCAAGUGUAGCGGCGGUAGCUGCUGCAGUCGAAAGCAGCAAGUCUACCGGAAACUCGCUCGGACCACUGCCCGAUGGAUGGGAACAAGCGCGUACAGCCGAGGGCGAGAUUUAUUUCAUCAAUCAUCAGACCCGCACUACCUCGUGGUUCGAUCCGCGAAUCCCGACGCACCUCCAGAGAACCCCGGCGUCCGGCGCGAUGCUGCCGCAGAGCUGGCUCCAGCAAUCCACCGGCGGCGGCAUCCAGAGCAAUCAAAGCCUACAGGCCUGUCAGCAAAAACUGCGUCUUCAGUCACUACAGUUGGAACGUGAACGCCUUAAGCAACGGCAACAAGAGAUCAUGCGCCAGCAAGAGAUGAUGAUGCGGCAGACCACAGACGCUGCCAUGGAUCCAUUCUUGUCGGGCAUUAACGAGCAACACGCGCGCCAGGAGAGCGCCGACAGCGGCCUGGGACUUAGUUCCGCUUACUCCCUUCCUCAUACGCCGGAAGAUUUCCUCGCCAAUAUGGAUGAUAACAUGGACGGCACGAACGACAGGCACUGUGUCUUGAAUGAUCUUACGAAACGAUUAUACCGAAGCCAUAAGUAUAUAAACGGAAGCGCGCCAAUGGAGACACCUGAUCUGUCAACUUUGAGCGACAACAUCGAUUCGACUGACGAUCUUUUGCCGUCGCUUCAGCUGAGCGAGGAUUUCAGCAGCGACAUUUUGGACGACGUGCAAUCACUCAUAAAUCCUAAUACGACAAAACCAGAGAACGUGCUGACGUGGCUGUAGGACACACAGGUCAUCCUCGUGGCGGAUUUACGCAGUUCGCGUGAUCGGCCCGGUAAAUAGUACGUGCGUUGUCGAUAAUGUUCAAUCAACAUGACGCGGGGGAUUCCUUUUAAGGAAAUCGCAGCAAUAACAAAGUUCGAUUAUUUCAUAAGAGACACGCACGUUCGUUCACGACACAGUUUUCAAGCUUAGGUAUACAAGUGGCCUUUAAUCACGCGUCAUGCUCACAAUCUAGGCACUUAUAUAUACAUACAUGUAUGUGUGUGUGUGUAUAUAUAUAUACAUAUGUACGUAUGCAAGUAUAAGGAGCCUCAUUCUUCUGGCCUCCCUCUCUCUCUUUCGCUCUCUCUCUCUUUUGCUAAGAUAUAGGGUGCGAAUGUGUGUUUGUGUGCGUGAUGCGAAUGUCCAAGCGUUUUGUAUAUAAGUUUAUAUUUCCUAUAUGCUGUCCGAGUAAAAAGAGAGGGAGAGAGAGGGGAUGCAGAAAUGGAUAUCUCGACAACAGCAUUCAACGCGCUUGUCAAGAGAGAAGAAGAGAAAUUUAAAAUGCUUCUUAGCAACGUUGAGAAUAAAUAAAUACGUUGUUGAGCUAUUAUAUUGUGAUUCCAGAUGCCGGCGAAGACACAUGUUAAAUUUCUUCUUUUCUUUCUCCCAUUAACAAUUGAGCGCGUCGAAUGUUGUUGUAACUCCGGAUGCGAUCUGAUACCAUGACGUAUCAGUUUUUAUGAUUGCAUCUCUCUCGCGAAACUAUACGAUCGCAACAUCUUAUGAUAUCAUAAUGCAUCAUGUGCUUAUAGACUUUCGACCUACUUGUCGACGUGUUCUGAGAGGAGAAUAUCGUAAAUGCGAUUGAUCGCAAAUGUGUAUUAUGAGAGAUCGUCAAUUUUGACGAAUACGGAAGUCUUCGUUAGAACAAAUCCUGAGAUAUUUAUACUUCCAGUUUGUAACUACAUCUUUUAAUAGUUUGCGUGCAAAAUGACUUGCAAAAACUAAUAGACAAGCUUUCGAUUGAUUGCAAAGAAUAUUUUAAUCCGACAUAAUAUUUAAAUUUGAAAAUUCUAUAUUUUGUAUGCAUAUAUAAUAAUUAGUAGUACGAUGACAGUUGGAUAUUCUGCGCGAAUUUCGGUUGUUUUUUUUUCGAAAGUUCGAAUUAUGUGAGAUUAUUAUCUCCCGUUGCCAGACAACAACCAAACUUGCUCCUGACCCGGUGUACCUCGAUUCCCAAUUGUGUGAAUCCCGCCAGACCGAAAUUCGCGUAGAAUGUCAUCGUACUACUUGAAAUCCGUUAAUUUUAAAAAAUGAUUUAUUAAUUAACUACGCUGCGGGUCAACAAAUUAUUAGGAUCAAUAGAUUCGGGAUAAAACGCUUAAUCUUACAUGUAAAUAAUGCUAAAAAUUUUCACAAAUGCAUAAAUUAAUUGUUUCUAUUUUGGACCUUAUCGUUUUUUGAACAUUGAUUCAUUGUUAAGUUUUAAAACUUGUUUACUGUAGAUGGAAUCAAUAGUUAUAAUACUAGAUUCAUCAUUUUAAAGGCAUUUUUAGAUGCACGAAUAUUCAACAUUAUCAUUGGAAAUGGUGUUACAAACUUUUACGAAGCGUUACGAAGAUAUAGUUGCAAUCUGGGAAUGUAAAUUGUGAUUGACUAGCGAAGCUCUUUACAUUACUAUUUUGAGGAGAAUUUUUGAUCUUCGGAGAUUAUCUUUGAAGCGAUCGGAGCGUUAUGGAAUUCUGAUUGUACGGAUGAUUGUACAAUCUGUUACUAAAUGAAGAACGAGAAGUUUUUAUUAGCGCGCAAGUGCUGGUCAGCGAAAACCGUAAGUCGUUAUAUUAAUUUACUAUGAAGAUAUUUUGCUCUUUAUAAGCGUGCGAAAGGAUUUCAUUACGAGUUCAAUCGAUUAAAAUUCCACAAUCUAGUUGAGAAUAAGAAUGUUGUUAAUAUGCAAAGAUUGUGACAAGUUCUUUGAAAUGCUAAUUUUGAGACAUAUUAUAGGUUGCAGCGGAAUAUUUGCGGUGUACCUUUUUACAAGCGACAUGUUUAUAAAGAGCGACGUGCCUUUACAACGAAUUAAUAGAAGGGCUCAACAAUCGUCGUUUUUCAAAGCAAUAACCGUCCAUACAAAAUGCUUAUGUCAAUCGUAAUUAUUAAAAAUAGGCGACAUUUUUGACCCUCGGCUGAAUAUCUCUAAGGGGGGUAAAUAUAAAAUCAGAAUAUAUAUAUAUAUAUACUGUACACAUAUAUAUAUAUAUUUUUUUAAAUAUAUAUAUAUAUUUUUUUUAUAUGUAAAGUCUAUACUUGUUACGAAUUGCAGUUACAUCGGUAUUUUUCGAGAAAUCAUAUUAGAUUGUACAUUUAUCUUACGUUUUAUACUAUUAUGCAGUUAUACAGUGGAGGUUGCAAGAGUCAACAGAUUAUACAAUAUUUACUGGUUUACCUAAAUAUUUCUUAGCCAUAGGGAUUUCUCUCACGUUUCAUCCCUUUAUUGGUACAAUGGUGCUGGCGUGACGAGAGGAAAAAAAAACCGUCGAAUGCCGAAUUUUUUUGUUUUGCGGAUUAACUCGGCCUAUUUAUUACCGAAGAAUCAGAAUAAUCUCGGUAAAGAAGAUAACGCACGUAUACAUGCAAUUACAUGUGGCAGCUUAGAGCGUACAGGCUCACGCAAAGGCGUGAAAGUUUUUAGCGACUGUUUCCGUGCGGACGAUAAUAUUCAAUAACGGCCAUUAAUUUAUCAUUGUUUAACGAAGAUUGACGUAACCGACAAUAAAUAUUAAUGUGCGCAGACUGUACAUGAAAAAUAAUUAUGUCAAUUAGAUAUGAAUAUUGAUCUUUGUUGAAAGGAACAGUUUAAUACGUGCGAUAUUUGCGAGUUUGUCGCGAGAACAGUCGAAACAGUCGCGCAAAUUUCCGACCUUCGUAUGUUUAAGGACUUCGGUAAUCUUAUCGUGUAAACUUUUUGUAAUGUCGGUUCUCCCGUCUUUUCUCGGCAGUUGAGAAAAGCCUUGGAGAAACGAAGGGGAAACUUUCGUUUCGUUAUUCGCACGCUCCUGCGUUGAUGUCUCUUCGUUUCAACUGGUUGGUCGUGUGAAUGCCGAACUCUCGAUCUCUUUAAUCCUUUUUUUUCUUUUAAGAUAGUGAAAAACGAAACUGAUCGUGUAAACGUUGAUUUGAUAUUGUGUCACUAUAUCUGUAUUUUUUUGGGCUGAAACUCUGGAAGGCAGGACGUCGUGCGUCGAGCAUGAGGAAUAUAAACUUUCUCAUUUUAUAUAAGCAAUUACGUUUGGGUAUCGGUUUUUCAUCCAUAUUGAUUGAUUUGAAAAUUGCAAUCGAAACAUUUUUAAUGUAUUUUAUCAGAGAAUAGGAAUAGGAACACGCGCUUUGAAUUUUAUUCAGUUUUGAGUUUCUCUUUUACUCGUUUUCUUUUAUUUCCUAAUUUCUAAUUUUAUUCAGCCGCUUUUUAUUUUUGUUUUAUUCGAAUUCACCAUGCAUUCGCGCCGACGUCCUUCCCAAUCGACGUUACCAUCGAGUCGAGUAAAUUUUCUCUUUGGCGUCACGUGCGUCGAUUCGAUCGACCGUCUUCCAGGAGCGUCAGAUCAAGCGCGUUUAAUAUAUGUAUUAUUUUAAUUGCAAUUUAACGAUAUUUCUAUUAAUGUUUACAAUACUGUAUCUUGCUUUUAAUCUAAACUCAGUCUAGAUUAUGUUUCGGGGAGCAUUGCGACAUGAAAGAACUUACGUAAACGUCUUCACGCGGAAGACAUCCUUCAAACAAAAGAACACAAGUGCCUCGAUCUACGUCAACCUAAAGCGUAGAAUAGAUUUUUUAAUCGAGACUCCCCGCUUAGGCUGCGCAUUCGCAUCCAUAAUAUUUGAGAUUAUAUACAAGAAUAGAGAGCAAUUAGUUGUUUAAUAUCAGUAUUUAAAUAUGCUCAUUGGCAGAAUAAUUUGUGACGAAAGUUUUUAUAUCGAUAACAAGUGCCUUAGUAAUAAACGAUAACAAUAAAUGUAUUAUUUACUUAUGUAUUGACAA